GAGCCGUGGGACGCGGUGCCGCCGCCGGCCGGUGGCGCGGAAGGCUCCAGGGUAGACGAGAGGCGACCGGAGCCAUGUUGGGCAGCGGGGCCAAGGCGGCCAAGCCCUCCUUCGUGUCCUACAUCAGCCCAGAGGAAAUACACAUAAAGGAACCCAUAGAAAAAGAAGUAAAUCCUCGCUUAUUACCAGGUGAACUGCUGCUUUGUGAGGCAAGCACAGUGUACAAGUAUAUCCAAGAAGAUGGGUCGAAUCGUGGCACUUGUGGGAAACUUGUGUGCACAAACUUCAAGAUUGCUUUCCUUGACGAUGAUUCUGCUUCAGAUGAUAAUGAGCCACAAUUUAAGAAUAAGAUUGUAGGAGAAAAUGACAUAACCCUGCAAUGUGUAGAUCAAAUCUAUGGAGUUUAUGAUGAGAAAAAGAAACUUCUAACUGGACAACUGAGAAAAUACCCAGAGAAGCUCAUUAUCUACUGUAAAGACCUUAGAGUAUUUAAUUUCUGCUUGAGAUACACAAAAGAAGAGGAAGUGAAAAGGAUCGUCAGUGGUAUAGUUCAUCACAGCCAGACCCCUAAGCUGCUUAAACGCUUGUUUCUGUUCUCUUAUGCAUCAGCUGCUCCAAACAACACAGAUGGAAGAAACCAAACUGUGAUGUUUGAUACUCUUGAAGAUUGGCGUGGUGAGUUGGAGCGGACCAAAGGGAAUGCGAAAUACAAAGCAGUCACUACGAAUGAGGGCUACAGAGUGUCUGAAAAGCUGCCUUUGUAUUUUGUUGUUCCCAUAUGCGUUUCUGAAGAGAGUAUCUUGAAGUAUGAAGGCAAAGGCAUUCCUAUUUGGUGUUGGUCUUGCCAUAAUGGUGCUGCUCUUCUCAAAAUGUCUGCAUUUCCCAAAGAACAGGAUGACAUCACUUCAGAAACACAAAAAGCCUUCUUGGAUGGAAUCUGUAAGACAAUUUCUAAACCUCCAUACGAACUCCUGAAGAUGGAUGAUUUGUCAAGCAGCCUUCCAUCUCUGCAAGAUAUCCAGACAGCAUACACAAGAUUUAAACAGCUGUUUUUGAUAGAUAACGGUACAGACUUCUGGGCAACUGAUGUGAAAUGGUUUUCAUUACUGGAGAGCACAAACUGGCUGGAGAUAAUCAGGCGAGUCUUGAAGAAAGCAAUAGAAGUUGUUGAGUGCCUGGAAAGACAGCAUACCAAUGUUGUCCUGAUAGAAGAGAGUGCUACUGAUCUGUGCUGUGUGAUCUCUAGCCUGGUUCAAGUGAUGAUGGAUUCAUACAGCAGAACAAAGUCAGGGUUUCAGAGCCUUAUUCAGAAGGAGUGGGUAGUUGGAGGACACAGCUUUUUGGAUCGUUGUAACCACUUACAUAAAAGUGACAAAGAAGAGGCUCCUGUUUUUCUGCUCCUGCUAAAUUGUGUUUGGCAGUUGGUACAACAGUAUCCUCCAGCAUUUGAGUUCACAGAAACUUACUUAACUGUCUUGUCAGACAGCCUCUAUGUGCCUAUUUUUAGCACUUUCUUCUUCAACUCGCAGCAUCAAAAAGAUACUAAUACGAGCGGUGAAACCCUCAAGACACAAAGCGGUCCUUUCAGAUUUCUUACUGUGUGGGACUGGUCUGUGCAGUUUGACCCCAAGGCUCAGGCUUUCCUCAACAACCCUCUUUAUGCAGAGAAACCAAAACCAGACAAAAGUCAACGGAAAACUUCAUGUUUCAGACAUCAACGGCAACUUUCUUUGCCAUUGACACAAACAAAAUCUUCCACGAAGAGAGGAUUUUUCAGGGAGGAAACAGAUCAUUUAAUAAAAAACAUUCUGGGUAAAAGAAUUGGCAAGUUCAUAAAUUCUUCAGAGGAACCACCUAAUAGCUUCAGGGAAUUUUAUGACAGCUGGCAUAGUAAACCUGUUGACUAUCACGGUCUUCUGUUACCUCACAUCGAUGGCCCUGAAAUCAAAGUCUGGGCACAACGGUAUUUGCGAUGGAUCCCUGAAGCCCAGCUUCAUGGUGGUGGUACAAUAGCUACAGCUGCCAAGAUUUUGGACUUGAUGGAGGAAGUGCAAAGCUUGCAGGUGAAAAUGGAUGAAGAACAUAGUCAAGCUAUUUCUGGGGAUAUACAUUCUGUUUCAAUGAUAAGAAAUUCUGCCCGUUUGUCAUCCUUGUUUCCAUUUGCUUUACUUCAGAGACAGUCUCUCAAACCAGCUUUACCCACUAGCACCUGGAAAGACUUGGAAGUUGAAGAUGACUUGGUCAAGAGGGAUGAUGAAUUUGUUGAUCUAAGUGGUGAUAUGUCAUAAGUUGUAUAUAAAGUAUGUACGUGUUAAAGUAUGAAUUGUAUGUGGCUGAGCUCUGAGUUUUAACUGUGCUGUAUCCUGAAACAAGGAACUCACUCAAGGGUUUGUAGGGUUUAAAAAAACCUCACCUUGGUUGGAAGGAACCAGUCAUCAUGAUUAAUUGAGCAUACUUUGAACUUCCGUUUCACUAACAUUAUUUAUUGCAGAAACACAUUUUUAGCAUAGCUGUAAUAAACAAAAAAGUAGGCUGGAGUAGCCACAUGGCCACAUUGUUUAACAAAGAAAAACACACAACAAAAAAACCAUUAUUUUUGGAUGUAAAGGUGGAAUACCAAAUACAUACAGCAACAAUCACUAGCUUAACAUAAAACUUACUCCCUUUAUGCUAGGAGUAUUGGGAUGGAAAUACUGUGACUAGGAACUUAUCUUCAUUUUCUCCCUCAUAUACAUUAAACAGUGAAAGGUCCAACUUAACAUGCAUUCACAAAUAAGCUUUUUACAGCUGAAGAAUAAACUUGUGGUCACCGGGAGUCUUCUGUCUGCUGUGGCAUCAGCUGAGGUCAUGUGCCUGUUAACCUCAUCUUCUCUGAGAGUGUUCAUCUUCAGCUUGCAGCACUUCACCUUGUGUGGUAUUUUAACAGCAGCUUGGCUGCUCUAAGCCUGUGCAUGCACUUAGCUUAAGGGUCGGAUGCAGAGCUUAGCUAUACAUUUUAAGUCCUGCUGUGUAGCUGCUGUGCUAUAUGCCCUUGCUGCCUUGGAAUAUUCUGUCCCAGACAUUAACUGUAAGAAAUGGCCUGACUGAGAUUUUAAUUUGCCAUGAAUACUUCUUUUAAUAGAGUGACACUUUCAUUGUGACUUUCCCCUUUUGUGUCGGUUGCCUUUGAGGCUUUCUGUAGCUUGCACUGAGACCCUGCAGGUAGAAGGGAAAACUUUUUUUCUGUAAUCCUGCAGCAAAGCUGUAUUUGCAGUCGGUUGCCACAUAUCAUGAGUUGGUGGUGCAGCUUAUGAAUGUGGCGUUCAUACCGUAUGAACACUUGCAUCCUGUUGCUGGAUGUUAUAACAGUACCUCAGUGAAAAAAGCCAUAGAGAAAUGCCUGUUGACUUUGAUCUACUGUGUGUCUGUUUAUAUAUAAAGUAUUUUUACUGCAAAUAACUGUACUUUUUAAAGCUGAGUAUUAUUUGACUAUCAAAUCUAUUUUGAACCCUUAAACUCUAGAAUAUCUAGAAGCGAUGUAAGUCAUAAAAUCAGUUACACAAGAGGAUAGACACUGACUAUUUCCUCUGUUCUCAUACCAAUUUAGAAAUUCAUGCUGGAAAACUUAGCUGGUGAUGAAACUGUUGCUUACGUUGGAUCAGCUUGGUGUAACUGGGGAUAUUAAAGUUGCUGAUUAUUCACUUCCCGCUGAGUUGUAUUAAUAUGUAUCACUGGUGGAGAAACUGUUUCUUACAUUGGAUCAGCUCAGUGUAAUCGGGGAUAUUAAACUGUGUUACUGAUUAAUCACUUCACACUGAGUUGUAUUAAUAUGUAUUGCAAAAAAUUAUCAGCAGUCCUCUAAAAAUAAAAUCUAAUAUGCUAAAUACAUAUAUUAAUGGGGAAAGGGGAAGAGCUUAAUGCAGCUGUGCCAAACUGAAGCUUCCCAGCUCUUGAUUGCCUUAAGUCUUAGUAGUGCAAGGACAAUACUUGAGUUUGUAGGAUUUUAUUAAAAAUACACUAGUACUUUAGCUUUCUUCUGUGAUCUCCAUAUGAUCUUGCAGCUAGCACUUGCUAGAAUGGGCAGUCCAGGACAUGUCCUUCAGACUUUAUUAUUACAGUUCCAGUGACUCAUGUAUGCAAUGAUACUUCACAUGUUGAAUGACUGAUAAUGCAUUUUUAUGGUGAAGAAACACCUGUCAUUCUAAUUUGGGUUCAAGGGGUUUUUUUUAAACACUGCUGUUAGGAGGGGGAAAAAAUUAAAUGGAUUUUUCUAUACUUUUGAUCAAACUGAUGUUUGCAUAUUUAUAUUAAAGAGAUGUUGGACAUCUUGUUUGUACAUAAGUUCUCAAAAGGUUUUAUAGAAGAGAAACAUAUAUGUGGAAUUGAACAUGGGAAAACUUCUAAUGUAGAGCAAAUAACGUUGUUACUGGUUUUCUGCACUAUGAGAUUGGAAAUAUACUUAAUAUUUUUGCUCCAAGCUUCUGUUUAUACCUCCAGGUUUUUACACUGAAUGCAAGCAAGAAGCUUUACAGAUUUGGGUGGGUUUUUUUAAUACUGUCAUUUCUGCCAGCAGGCUGUUUGGAGAGUAUCAAUAAAAUAUACUUUGAUGCAUUUGUCCUGAAAUGAGAAUGUAUAUUUAAGGUCGUAUUUUGCAAAUGAUGCUUUGCAUCAUAGGAGACUUCACAAUCUGCAGUGAUAAGGUUUUUCCAGUUACAUGCUGAGUUUUUACAAACUGUUAACAGGGAGGAAGCUAUGCAGUUUUAGACCUCGUUAUACUUACUGGACAGAUGCUGUGAGCUCAGGAAAGAAGGAAGUUCAGUGCAGUAGGAUGACUAUGGAAAGUUACUAAGGUGGUCUAGAAAGUAGUUGAUGAAUGUCAGUUUUGAGGGCUUAUUAAAUGAUGUUGGUUUCAGUCUCAGCAAUAUGUUUGUCUUCGCCUAUUUGAAGGGGGAACAUUGUUCUUGCAACAUUAAAAUAAGCAGCUUUUUGGCAUUGCAACAGCAGUGUGUUUGUCCGAUGAGAUAUGUGUUCAGAAUGGUCUGGGAAG